AUGGCACUGACAGCGAGGCAGAGCCACCGCUACCUCGGCGGCGCCGCCGUCGACCCUCCGUACGCAAAUUCUCCCGGCGAUCUGCUCGAGCUCGACGAAUCCGAUAUUUGGGCUAUCGACGAUGUCUCGGGGGCCGACGAGCCCGAAAAGGCCCAUAAUCGGCCGGCCCGAAAGGCAGUGAGAAAUCCACCUCGGGACGGAAAUCACCCUGCGGAAGGCCCGAGGUCUCUUCCGGUGAACGUCCCCGACUGGCCCAGGAUCCUCGGCGACGCGUACAAGCCACGCGCCGCGGGGUCUUCAGACGGCGCGUGCGGGGAUUGGGAGGGCGCGGGAAAUUACAAAAUGCCGCCUCACGAGUUUUUGGCGAGAAAUAGAGUGGCGCCCUUCUCGGUGACGCUGAAGGGCAGGGACUUGAGGAGGGUCAGAAAUGCGAUUUGGAAGAAAACUGGGUUCGAGGAUUAA